CGAGCCCCUCCUGCGCCAUCCGAUAGAGGACACAGAGAAUGGAGCGUGGGUAAGAGAGAAGGAGGGGGAACACGGGCGCAAAAAUGAAUAUCAUCAGGGAGAAGGAGGCGGUGAUGAUAGGCAUGGAGAUCGACCGCUCGGACCAUGGCAUGCUGCAUGGCGCCAACUGCAAGGCCGCUUUUUGCGGCACGGCGUCUAAUGUAAUUAUAGAGAUUGGGAAGGUGCGAGCCAGGACGUGCUUCUUUGUCAUGCCCGAUGUCGAUCAUCCCAUCCUUCUGGGAAGGUCGUUCCUGUGUCGAACGGAGAUGUUGAUUUUUAAUAAGCACGACGGGACAAUGAUCUUGCUCCUAUGUGACCCAGCGUGCGGGAAUUACGAAGUUGUCACCUGCCGAAACACGGGGCCGGGGAGCGGGAGGAAUAGGCUUAAUCUCGAUUCAUUCACCUUCGAGGAAUCGGAGAACGAGCGAAGACGGCUUUGGGAUGUGCCUGAGGAGGAGGAUAAGGCUGAGGUGCUGACACUAAGCGUCAUAGAUGUGAAUAAGGCCAUGGAGGUGGUGUCGGCUCAUGACAUGGAGGAUCCGGAGAGGGGGAGGAGGCCCUACAAUGGCCCAGGCCCGAACGACAAGUCGACCUUUUUUAGGGGAGGGUUUAAGCAGGGCUCCCAAAGGCGGUACAAGACCGUAGAUAAGAAGUGUCGCCCAGUUCCCGUGCUCGUCACGGAGGAUGACGAAGCCUACUACGAGCGGGAACGAGGAUUGAUACGGCGUAUGCGGAAGCACGGGUUGGCCGGGCCAUGCCGUAUCAACGACGAGAAUGAGGGGAAGUUGAUAAUCGGGGAGUCCGACUUCCUGUCGCCCCAGGAGAGAGCGUUCAUGGUGGGACUGAUGAAGAAAAGACACCGUGCAUAUGCGUUCAAUGACGACGAGCGUGGGAGGCUGGAUGUGGACAAGAUUCCGAUGAUACGAAUCCACACUGUUCCACAUGAGUCGUGGAAUCUAAGGGGCGCACGAUACCCAAAUCCGGAUGAGGAGAAGAAGGUGGUGGAUUACCUGGACGGCAAGAUGCGGACGCACGUGGCCGACUAUUCCAGUGGACCGUACGCGUCGCCUUGGUUUUGUUUUAUUAAACCAAAUGGGACGCUAAGGUGGGUGCAGGACUUGCAGCGGCUAAAUGCGGUGACAGUGCGGGACGCGGGAGGGUUGCCGAACGCGGACGCGCUGUCAGAGUCGUGCGCAGGGAGACCUAUAAUCUCGCUUAUAGACCUCUACUCUGGGAACGACCAAUUCCCUGUAUACUCGCCAGACAGGCCUGUAACGGCGAUGCACACACCUAGAGGGUUGAUUCACAUGAACAUGGCGCCUCAAGGUUGGACGAAUGCAGUAGCGAUGGUGCAGAGGCAUAUGAUCAGAGCCAUGCAGACGGUCAGUCCCCAUAUCACCCAGCCCUAUAUCGAUGACCUGGCGGUCAAAGGUCCGAAGGAGAAAGAGGAAGACGAAGUGAUGCCCGGUGUGCGGCGUUUUGUCUGGAAGCAUGUCCAACACAUCGAUCAGGUUAUGGGGUUAUUGGAGGAACAUAACCUGACGGCAAGCGGCCCCAAGUCAAAACAUUGAACGCACAGCCUGGUGGAGGAAAUGAGGAUGAUAGAAGAAGGCCCCAGUCAGGUUGAGGAGCAUGAGCAGCUAAUGGGGGGGAUGUACCUGCUCGCUAAUACGCUCCUGCAAGGAGACUUUGACCGGAAAGGCUCGUUCAGUCAUGAGGAAAAUGAGAUUCUAGUUCCUGAAAGCCAGGACGACGAGUUCGAGGAAGGAGAAAUCAAGGAGGCAUUUCGGGCGGAGAAGUACGAUGGGAUCUACCGGGAAUUGGGGUUGCUCCUAUCAUAGAGGUUAGCGCAAAGGUCUGGUGAGCCCCUACACCCAAGGUUGGAAAGGGAAGUGGGUGCGGUCGUACACCUGGACCUGUUAUUCAUGCCAGCAGGGGAGAAUGGGUGUAACUACAUCUUCGAUGCACGGGAUAACCUUACUGGGUUUGUGGACGGACGAGCUAUCCGAACGAAGACUGACCCGGUUUUGGCGAACUGCAUCGAGGAGUAUUACCUGCGAUAUCCUUUUGUCAAGGAGUUCGUGAUGGAUCGAGGAUCAGAGUUUACCUAUAAUGAGGUGAGGACGUUGCUUGCAGGGUAUGGCGUAGUGACCGACUAUACUAUGGUCGUGCACCCUCAAGCGAACGCUCCUGUGGAGAGGGGACACAGUACCAUCACGAAUCUCCUGGCUAAGUGGACAGAGGGCAAUCCUGGUCAGUGGCCAAAGUUCCUACGGGCAGCUUUCUUCGUGGAGAAUGUUACUGUAAAGAGGACUACCAAGUACGCGUCAGCCACACUGUGGUAUGGGAGGCACGCCACCUUUCCCAUAGAAAACUUUAUGAAGACGUGGAGGCGCCAAGACUUAGAAGUAAACCUGUCCUUCAAAGAACUGCUCGAUAUUCGGGCACGGCAAGUGAGGGCGGUCGAGGAAAGACUGCGAGAGGCCGCCGGUCAGGUAGAGAGGAGCCGCAUGGAAGACAAGAUGAGAUGGGACCAGAUGGCGGGAGUAAGGAAGGAGCCGUUGGCAGUGGGGGACGUCGUGUUACUAUACGACUCCUCUUUGGAGAAGCAAUGGUCGAGGAAGCUCGACAAGAGAUGGAUGGGCCCCUAUAGAAUUUUGCGAUGUGGCGAAUUUGGGGCCUAUCAGAGCGAGGAGCUGGACGGGACAGGCUGGCAGGAUUGGCUGGGAGCGGACCAGAGCGGACCGACACGGUAUAAGCCAGUAGAGGAUGAGCCAGAGGAGGGGCCACCUGAGCCGGGGCCCGAGGCGGGGUCUCGUGGGCCCGAGGAGCCGCAGACUAAGGGGGUUAUCACGACUGGGGAUGAUACCCCUCCCCCUGCCCCGAUUCCGGAGCAGACGCGGCAGUAUUGGCCUGAAGGAAUUCCUGAGUCGGACAGCGAGGAGAUGUUGGGGUCGCCAUCGGCAGCUACUACGCCACCCCCGACGCAGGAGAAGCCAGAGGAGGGCGAGAGGGCGAGGACACCUACUACUGUGGUGCCGCAACUAGCUGAGCCUACAGGCGCACGCAUGGAUGUGGAGGUGCCGACCUCCAGGGAGCCUCCGCCAGGGCCGCCGCCCACAGAGGAGGGGACGAGUGAGAGAGACCCACUGCGAGAAGCCCACGAGGCGCGGGGAAGGAGGCCAUCAGGGAGACGAAAGAAGAGAAGCGCGCGAGGGUGCAGCGAGGCUUGGGCCAGCUAUGAGGGUAAGAGGGAUGCUGCUCGCCUGAGGUCACGAGAGUUGGGACAAGAGAAUGCGAGGGUGGACGAGGCACGAGAGACAGGGGACUUGGGACUUUCAGCCACCAGGAUGGAGAUUGAGCGUGCAGAUAGGAGGAUAGGUGAGGUGGCGAUCUCGUCCUUCCAACGGUACUCCAUGCUCAGCGAUGAGUUGGCGGCCUUGAGGUUAGAGGUGGGACAGUUGUCCACCCAGUUGGCAGAAGAGAGGGAAGAGAACCAAGCAUGGAGGUCCCAUAUGGAAGUCAAGGAAGCGGAAUGGGAGAAGAGGCUCCAGGACAUGGCGGCAAUGGUAGAGAGGCUCUCGGCCACUAAGGUGGUCGAAUGGACGGAGCAAAGUCGAUAUGGUAUCCAGGGGAAGGAGGUACAGGGGUUCUUCGACCAGGAAGGAACGACAGAGACGCCACAACAAGAGGGAAUGGGAAAGGUAUUCCUGGACUCAACAGAGGCGGCGGCAAGGCGGGAGGCCGAGGAGAGGAGGUUCAGCUUCAGGACUCUCACGGAGUUGGCCUCGCAACAGGCCACCCCUAUGACGAUUGAGACUCCUGGGAACGAGCCGGUGCAGAGACCCCAAUCUCCAGUGGCGGAGGGGGGCCCCACAGAGGAGUCCCCUAUGAUCCUUUUGGAGGUGCAGGAGGGUGCCCUUACGGGAGCAGCAGCAUCCACUGAGCCGGAGGUAAUGGGGGGAGAGGCGUCUCGACUGGACGAGUUGGUGGCAGCCAUGGAGCUGGACAUGCCGUCAGGAGGGCCUCAGAGGCAGGAGACCCCGGAGCGCGUGCCAGAGAUAGGGGAGCUGAGGACGCAGUUAAGCUCUUAGGCUACUGGAGCUGACUCAGGAGAGCACAUCUCAUAGCAGCAGCAGGAAGUU